AUGACGGACUGGUACGUGGAGAACCUCUAUUUGCUCGCUACGGUGCUUGGGUGCAGCCCGGUGGUGUUCGUAUUGGCCUUCAUAGUCAUCAGCACACGAGUCCGUCGGAAGUUUAUCGGAGAAGCAGCUAAGACUCGAAAGACAUCCGAUACACCGGAAGUGGCACUAAUCAAGGCUCAUACGCGAAUGGUUCGUCUUCUCUCGGUCGUUGGCAUCCUCCUUCAAGCUGUGCUAAUCGUCAGUACUACGAGACUCUCGUCAACUAGUUCGACUUACUCGCUCGCGCUCAUGCGUCCUGUGGUUAACUUGUGCGUGUUUAUCCUCGGGUUCAUGACCAACACCCAUGCAGCUUUUCGUCUUGCGUACAUGCUCCUACUGGGUCAGAUUGUCGUGUUUGACACUAUCGCCGAGGUUUCCUUCGCUAUGGUCAUAAAUUGCAUGGAGAUGGAAGGCAUGCAGUGUGGUGGCAGCGCUUUGUCACUCUCUUUGAGUAGCCUUGAGUUCCUCAAGCGCCGUGAGCUUGCCAGUUUGUUCUUGGCUCCGUGGGUAGCUCUCGAGACGGCCUACCUUUGUGUCGCUAUUGGCUUCUGUUCGUCUCGAUACUCGGCCAGAAAACUCUCGCUCUCCCGUCCAACCUUCAACCUCCGUGCCGCACUCCUCGCCCACUUUCCCGUCCACCCUCACCAGUCCGCAAUUGACAAACGCCCUCGCUUCGCUGUCUAGCAAGUGCUAGCAUAGCAUUAUGACCGGGAUAUAUCACUAUUUAGAGGAAUGCUAGUUAUAUUCUAGCUAAAGGUUCUUUAUUUUUUUGUGACAUAAAUAUUAUAUAAAAGGGG